GGGUUUCGCGUGGCCUCUCAUUCUCGUUCAACCUGUUCCUCUCCUCUUCCCCUCUUCUCCAGUCUCCUUCCUUUCUCCGUCUCCCCACUUCUAUUUUCUCCUCUUUACUCCGGCGAUUUCAAUCCUGCGUCUUCAUCGGAGAACGGAAAAGUGAAAAGGAUUAGUCUUUCCCUUUGCCGUUCACCCUCUUCGGACUCAUCUUUAACUUCGUUCGCCGCCAGUGAUUGCAAAAGCUUUAAUCUCUCGUAGUCCAUGAAAUUUAUCCAUUCUCAAAUCCAGUCGCAAGAUGGCUUCGUCGUCGUCGAGUUCUGUUCAGGUGGAGUGUGCAAAUCUCUUCAAGGUUUCUAAAGGACAAGGAAGCGGGCGGUAUGAGUGCAGUGUUCUGUCUUGUGCGUGGAAGGCACCGAGGGUGCUUACUGGUUCUCUGGCUAGUACGACCUUGCCAAGGUGCUCAGAAGUAGAACACCACCGUGAUGUGAAGGGGAUGAUGCAAAGACCGCGCUGGUUGUGCCAUGCUAAUUACAGAUAUGAAGAUCUUAAUGAGAGGAAGUUCGGAUGCAAUGUUGUUAUAGAUUUUGGUGGAUAUGGGUGGUCUUUCCGGUCAGAUAUUGCUCCUCUCCCAAGCAAAUCUAUGAGGAUUGGUUGUGCUUCAUCAGAUGUGGGCCCCUUUGAUAGAAUUUCUCCAGAUUCAUUGUGGGAGGACCUGAGACCAACUAUUUCUUAUCUUGCACCAGAGGAACUGAAGUUAGUAAAUGAUGCAUUGAAGCUUGCUUUCGAGGCUCAUGAUGGCCAAAAACGGCGAAGUGGAGAACCCUUCAUCAUUCAUCCAGUUGAAGUUGCAAAGAUACUUGGAGAACAUGAGUUGGAUUGGGAGUCAAUUGCUGCUGGUCUAUUGCAUGAUACCGUUGAAGAUACAAAAGUUGUUACAUUUGAUAGGAUAGAGAAGGAAUUUGGUGCUACUGUACGCCACAUUGUUGAGGGAGAGACUAAGGUAUCCAAGCUAGGAAAACUUAAGUGCAAAGGUGUGAAUAGUUCAGUUCAAGAUGUAAAAGCUGAUGAUUUGAGACAGAUGUUUCUUGCAAUGACAGAAGAGGUCCGUGUCAUUAUUGUCAAAUUGGCUGAUCGUUUACACAAUAUGCGCACACUAUCCCACAUGCCACCACAUAAGCAGUCCAGUAUUGCACUAGAGACACUUCAGGUGUUUGCACCUCUAGCAAAGCUUCUAGGGAUGUACCAAAUUAAGUCAGAAUUAGAAUAUCUGUCUUUCAUGUAUACAAAUCCUGAUGUCUUUGUGGAGCUCAAGAAAAGAGUUGAAGAUCUUUAUAAAGAUUAUGUCAAAGAACUUGACAUGGCUAAGAAGAUUUUGAGGCAAAGAAUUGAGGAGGAUCAAUUUUUGGAUCUUGUGACAGUGACAACAGAAGUGCAUUCUGUAUGCAAGGAACUUUACAGUGUGUACAAAACUGUGUUGAAAUCUAAACGUUCAGUUCGUGAGAUCAACCAAAUUGCUCAGCUCCGAAUUAUUAUAAAACCAAAAUCCUGCAAUGGAGUUGGACCUUUGUGUAGUGCACAGCAGAUAUGCUACCAUCUGCUUGGUCUUGUUCAUGGAAUCUGGACUCCUAUUCCUAGAUCUAUGAAAGACUACAUUGCAACUCCUAAACCCAAUGGAUAUCAAAGCCUCGAUACCACAGUGAUGCCUUUUCUUUAUGAAAGCAUGUUCCAUCUAGAAGUUCAGAUAAGAACAGAAGAUAUGGAUUUAAUAGCUGAAAGAGGAAUAGCUGCCCAUUAUAGUGGAAAAGUAAUUCCAAGCAUGCUAGGGCAAAAUAUACCUGCUGGGAGAAACUCUAAAGGAAAGACAGCUUGCUUGAAAAAUUCUGAUUUUGCUCUCAGGAUUGGUUGGCUCAACGCAAUCAGAGAAUGGCAGCAGGAGUUUGUUGGUAACAUGAGUUCCAGGGAAUUUGUUGACACUGUCAUGCGAGACCUGUUGGGUAGCCUUGUUUUUGUUUUUACACCAAAAGGACAGAUUAAAAACCUUCCUAAGGGUGCCACCGUAAUUGAUUAUGCUUAUAUGAUUCACACUGAAAUCGGAAACAACAUGGUUGCUGCAAAGGUCAAUGGUAAUCUUGUUUCACCCAUGCACAUGCUUGUCAAUGCUGAUGUCGUUGAGAUAAUCACAUACAAUGCUUUAUCAAGCAAGUCAGCUUUCCAGAGGCAUCAGCAAUGGCUGCAGCAUGCAAAAACUCGCAGUGCUAGACAUAAGAUAAUGAAAUUUUUGAGAGAGCAAGCUGCACUUGCUGCAACUGAAAUAACUGCAGAUGCAGUAGAUGAUUUUGUUGCUGAUCUCAAGGGAGGGAGUGAGUACGACCAGACAUUCCCUAGGUCUUUACCCAGUGAAAGAAAAUCCAUAUGGGAAAAAAUUCUUGCAAUUGUGGAAGAAUCAACUUCUGCAAAAACAAAGCAUAACCUCGUGCCAAUUCAGAACAAUGUUGGGUUGCUUAAAAUCAAUGGAAAGCCCAACAAGAGUGCACAGAAAAUGAGUAUGAAGAUCAAUGGUAAUCCAAUGAUUGGUGACCAUGCUCUUACAAAGUUCAUAUAUGGAAAGAUUCCUACAUACAAAGAAGUGUUGCCUGGUUUAGAAAGCUGGAAAGCAGGUAAAAUCGCAUUGUGGCACGAUGUGGAAGGGCAGUCAGUUCAAUGGUUUUACGUUGCAUGUAUUGAUCGCAAAGGCAUGAUGGCUGAAGUUACAUCAGCAUUGACAGCUGCUGGAAUCAGGAUAUGUUCUUGUGUGGCAGAGAUUGACAGAAAAAGGGGUAUGGGUGUUAUUCUGUUUCAUUUCGAAGGAUUAUAUGAAAACCUGGUGAAUGCUUGUGCAAGCGUCGAUGUCAUCCUAGGUGUUUUGGAAUGGUCUGCUGGUUGUAGCUGGUCCAGUCCUGUGGAUGAUUUCAAUUUUCUUUGAGUGUGGAUAGCUGAAGUCCAGUCCUGUGGACAAAGAAAAAGAAGCUUCAGAUAAUUUAGAGGCAAGUGCUUUGAAAAUACUAUUUUUGAAAUGAGAGGGAAUUAUAGUUUAGAGUUUCAGGGAUAUUUCCAAUUGAUUUUUUGAAAUUUAUAUUAAUAAAUAAGAACAGCUAAUUAAACUAGCAUGUUAGCAGGGGGAAUAUUGUAAAUAGGUAAACGGGAUAAACGAUAGUGUUUGAGCCUUUAACAAAGUCGGUAAAGGCUUUUUAUUGGGAACAUAUUUAGCUAAUAUUGCAACUGUAUUGAUAGUUUAUAGAUUACAGCAUUCCUGAUAUUGGUC